AUGGAUAAGCUGGCGGUAAGCUUGAAGAGUCAACAAUUACCCAACUGGGAUUGGAAUGUUCAGGAAGAGAUUCGUAGAGAGAAAAAGAUCCUGGAUCGAUGCAAACGGUCAAUCGACCUCCGCGAACCGUACGAUUUGCAAUCAUUGAGACAACAAGUUGAUGUAAAUUGGAAAGUAGUGUAGGAUUGCUUGAAGUUCAGAAUUUCAGAUAUCCACGUCAAAGAUAGAAGCAAUGACGCAGAGGCUGUCGCAUAUGCAAAACCGGAAUGUCGACGCGAUGGGCUCUCCAGCGAGCAACAUCAAGCAGCAGAUUCUGAACACACAGUUACUGUGUCAUGGAGCACAGAAAGUGCGCGCAAGUCUGAUAAAAGACGAGUGUGUGAACGAGAAAGUACUCCGAGAAACGGAGCAAACGAUUCUGGUGCUUGGGGAGAAGUUGGGGUUGCUUCUGGAGUGUGCGAACAGGAAAGAGUGAGUUUAAAGCAGUGUUAUAGGUCCGUAAUACCAACUUUAGGUCUCCGGGCACUCCGAUCACAGUCCGCCGAUCAAGAGAUGCAUCGAUAAAACGGAAUCUUCCUGUACAGGUCUCCGGUCUACUCAAGAUCAGAGUAACGGGACUGUCCGACCUUCCCGUCGACACACGAGGCCGUGAAGGACGGUACGCAUCCGAAUACCUCACGCAGAUGAUCAAGAAGAAGAAGUCGUCGGUGUUCGGACGGCACGGGUUCCGUCGGAAUCUUCGCGAGCUCGCCUGCGACAACUAUAUUGUGGUGCUCCACGUGAGCGGAAAGGAAGUUGCGAUGAUGGUGUGGAAUGAGAAGAAGACGAUGGUCGGAGGCGACGAAGAGACGAUUCAACUGCAUAAGUCACGACAGUUGGACUUUGAAGUGUAUCACACGGACAGCCGAUCAAUGUGUGCCAUAGGUACGAUGCAGUUGGAGUCCCUUCUUGAUGAGCACGAUGCAAAGUGCUCGUUCGCCAGUUUCGCUCAUCGGACUGUCAAUUUGAUGCCGGCUGGAACAAUCCAUUUUCAAGUGAGUCGUUCAUUAUGAGAAUUCCUGUCAUUUUCCAAUUUCAGACAACCUAUUCUGAUCCGGAGCAGUCGAUGGGAAGGAAGUUGGGGGAGAACUACGAGGACGGAAUGAAGAGUUCACUGACAUUCCGGAAGAGUGGCACAGUGCUGGCACGUGGCACCCAACGGCACUUCCGACCGAGGACCGCCCUUUCCGUCGGCCAAUUCGUCCCUUCUUCCCCUUCCAUUCAGUCCCGACCCCGAAGAAUUAAUUCCCUCGAGAGCUACCGUCUGCUUUCGGUCAUAGGGGUCGGAGCAUUCGGAACUGUGCAAUUGGGGCAACGGAUCGAUGACGACAUGUACUGCGCCAUCAAGAUCAUCGAGAGAGACCCGAGGACACGGUCUUUUGACACUCCGGAACUGCAGAUCCUCAACCACAUCCAUCAUCCGUUCAUCUGCCAAUUGAUGGCCAGUUUCAUCGAGAACGACGCUCUCCAUUUGGUGCUCGAGUUCUGCGAAGCCGGAGACCUCCACACUCACUUAUCGCGGACUGUUCAUGGAUUCGCAAAAGCGCAAGUGACUUUCUUUGCCGCGUCGAUUGUGUUGGCAGUCGAGUAUCUGCACAAGAAGCUGUACGUGCAUCGCGAUUUGAAGACGGAGAAUAUGAUGUUGACGCGAGAAGGCGUCCUCAAACUGAUUGACUUUGGACUGUGCAAAAGGUUGUUGAAUAGAACCGAGAAGAUGUGUGACAUCGUCGGAACGACAACUCAUUUGGCAGCGGAGAUUCACAGAAGAGAACCGUACGGUAUAGAAAUGGAUUGGUGGGCGGUCGGAGUGUCGCUUUACCAGCUGAGGGUGAGUUUUGAGUGACAACCGUAACAUGAAAACUGAUCAAAUGCGUUUCAGACUCGUGAGCAGCCAUUCUACGGGACCCGUGAAGUGGAAAUGCAGCCGAACUCCCGAAUCAACAAUUGGCAUUCGUUCCACGAUUUGCUCAUCGGACUGAUGGCCAUCCAUCCAGAAGCACGUCUCGGAUACUACUCCACUGAAGAGAUCAAGAACCAUCCGUUCUUCAUGGAAACCGACUUCGCCGCCGUGCUCAACUCAACAGUCCGACCACCGUACGCGCCUUUCAUGGUAAUUCAUGCCGCUGUUAGUUACGUACUCAAACUUUCAUUUCAGAGAGACGGACUGGACCUCGAGUACUUUGAUCAUCCGUAUCACAGCGAACUGGACACCUCUUCUUCCACGUUCUCUUCAAUUGGCUCCUCGUUCGCUAACCGUAGCUCUUUGAUGAUCUGA